GAACCCCUCAUAAACCCUAAACUGAAUUCCCUAAUCUCAUCAUUGAGAAGUCACGCCUAAGUUCUCCCUGCUUCUUCUACCUCAGCUUCACCUGUGGUUGUAAGUUUUUGCUCCUGACACCCAAAUUUCGCUCGCUGAAAUUCACAAAAUGAAGGUGAAAGUGAUUUCUCGGUCUACAGAUGAAUUCACUCGAGAGCGAAGCCAGGACCUUCAGAGGGUUUUUCGUAAUUUCGACCCUAACCUUCGGACUCAGGAGAAAGCUGUCGAGUAUGUUCGUGCUCUUAGUGCAGCUAAAUUAGAUAAGAUUUUUGCUCGACCAUUUAUUGGGGCAAUGGAUGGGCACAUUGAUGCUGUCUCUUGUAUGGCUAAGAACCCCAAUCAUUUAAAGGGAAUUUUCUCUGGUUCUAUGGAUGGAGAUAUUCGUCUUUGGGAUUUGGCCACCAGGCGGACAGUAUGCCAGUUUCCUGGUCACCAAGGUGCUGUACGAGGUCUAACAGUAUCAACUGACGGUCAUGUCCUUGUGUCAUGUGGGACUGAUUCCACUGUUAGACUCUGGAAUGUUCCCAUUCCUUCUCUUAUGGCUUCUGAUGACUCAUCAGAUAAUGAAGCCAAGCCACUUGCAGUCUAUGUUUGGAAAAAUGCUUUCUGGGCUGUUGAUCAUCAAUGGGAUGGUGAGCUUUUUGCGACAGCUGGAGCCCAAGUAGAUAUAUGGAACCACAACAGGUCUCAGCCUGUUAACAGCUUUGAAUGGGGUAAAGAUACAACUAUAUCUGUGCGGUUUAAUCCAGGAGAACCAAAUAUAUUGGCAACAUCAGCCAGUGAUAGAAGCAUUACAAUAUAUGAUUUACGGUUGUCUUCUCCUGCACGAAAGAUUAUUAUGAGGACAAAAACUAAUUCUAUAGCAUGGAAUCCAAUGGAGCCGAUGAACUUUACAGCUGCAAAUGAAGAUUGCAAUUGUUAUAGUUAUGAUGCCCGAAAAUUGGAUGAGGCCAGAUGUGUGCACAAGGAUCAUGUUUCUGCAGUUAUGGAUAUUGAUUACUCACCAACUGGUCGUGAAUUUGUAACUGGAUCAUAUGAUAGAACUGUUAGAAUAUUCCAAUAUAAUGGUGGUCACAGCAGAGAAAUCUAUCAUACCAAGAGAAUGCAAAGGGUAUUCUGUGUCAAGUUCAGUUGUGAUGCAAGUUAUGUCAUCUCUGGUAGUGAUGAUACCAACCUUCGAAUUUGGAAAGCUAAAGCAUCUGAACAAUUGGGAGUUCUUUUGCCAAGAGAGCGUAAGAAGCAUGAAUAUUUGGAGGCUGUCAAGAAUCGUUACAAGCAUCUUCCUGAGGUUAAGCGCAUUAUCAGGCACAGACACUUGCCCAAAGCAAUAUAUAAAGCAGCUUCUCUCAGGCGUAUUAUGACUGAAGCUGAAAGAAAGAGAACCGAGAGGAGGAGAGCACAUAGUGCCCCAGGAAGUAUGCCAAAGGAGGCAUUACGCAAACGAAGAAUCAUCAAAGAAGUUGAGUGAUUUCUUCUUUUCCCUUUCUUUUAGCCGCGUGAAGUAUAUGAGAGCCAUAUACCCAGAAGACGAUUCACCAUAGAAGUUCAAUGCUUUCUUCUCUUCUAUUUGUCAGAUGUAAUUGCAGCAGUGUAUUGCUUGUGUAUGCAUUGUUUUACUGCUGUUUAUACCAAGUAGAAUUAUUUACAAUGAGAGAGAACUUUUGACAUAGUGACAUAGCCUAGGGUGCAUUAAUUCUAUAAUUAGUUGGAUCUUCCCUUUUAUGUUCGGUGAUACAAGGACAUGGCCAUAAUUAUGCGCCAAAUUUAAGUAAAUAACAAAAUCGAAAACAGUUCUGAACCAUA